AUGGUGGAGCAUCUCAUGCAUCGUUUACUCUUUCAAUCGACGCCAAAGGAACUGACCAAUGUCACCGAAAUCGAUGAUUCGUUUCCGAGUUACAUUUCAUCACGAUAUGCCGCAGGAAUCGUGGCUAUUAUUGUUUACAUAUCUUUAAUCGCCUGGUUUAUCCAUGCAUUAUACUCGAAGUGUCAUCCGAGGUAUUUCGUUAUGUUUAUUUUAUUAUCGCACUUGAUCACUUUUAUCGAAUUGAUCUUACGUGCGACGUUGACGAACGAGUAUAUUCAGAUAUAUCCUCAAAUUACGAAGCUUCUCUCGAUUCUCCCGCCUCGUUUUUUGCUGUUGAGUAACUAUAGUUACUUAGCUGAAUUGCGCAAGUCACAUGUAGCAUUUGCGCAAUUCAUUGUCUUAACCAUUAUUCUAUUCACCGAUAUCUUUCUUCAUGUAAUCAAUGAACUUUCCUCGCAAUCAGAUUAUCUUCGUCAAGCAUCAGCUGUCCUGGUUUUUUUUCUUUCUCUUCUCUUCUUUUUACUUUGGUAUUGGCAAUCUUCACAUCUCUCGCGUUUUUACACCGUACCCUUAUUACCAGUUUCAAGCAUGUGUGUGUUAAUCGAAGCAAUCUAUGUGCAAAUGACACUCAAACCGUUUCUGCUCGAUAUUCUCGUACAGAAUGAACUGUACUUCUAUCUAGGUCAUUCAUUUCCACUCGUUGUCGCGCUUUGUACUUGGUCGAUGUAUCAUCCGUGGAGAGUGUCACCGUUGUUGACGGAUGAUCGCUGUCUAAGUGACUUCGACGAAAGAUUGAAUCAACGUUCGGCCUCGAUCUGA